UCGGAGGAGUUCAUCACGCCUCUCAGUCCGCUGGAGGUGACAGAAACGGGACCGUCCGUGCGCUGCUCCAUCGUUCAUCCUCAUGAAAGCGACAAACGCGCAUCUUCCUUUGGAAGCAGUGUGAUUUGAGAAUAGGCUGGGUUGUUCAUGCUUUUGGAGGAUCGCUGUGAGGCUUCACAAUGAAAUCCUUCAAAUAUCCUUCAAACACUCUCCUGGAAUUAACCGUCAUUUUUCUUUUCAUUCAGAACUCCAGGAUGGAGACCGAAGCAUCCAUGAUGGCUAGCAGGGCGUUGAUAGAAGUUUGCCCUCUAGGUCAGUUCCCUUGUGGAAACUUGAGUGUGUGUUUGCCCCAGGUCCUUCAGUGUAAUGGCCACAGGGACUGCAAGAACGGAGCGGAUGAAGAACACUGCGGGGACAACAGCGGAUGGGCGGAUAUCUUUGAUCGAAACUUUAAGAAGGCAGAGCCACAAGACCUUCCUAAUGACUGCUUUCUGCUGCAGUACCCAGAGAGCUGUGAUUGCAUUAAGACGGAGGUGGAAUGUGUGGACGUGAACCUGCAUGUCGUACCUGUCCUCUCUUCCAAUGUGACUUGGUUGUAA